AUGGACCUUUUUGAUUAGUUUUAGAAAUUCAAGACCAAUUUAAAGACUUAAAUUGAACAUCGUCCUCAUUCUCAAUAAAGGAACACUGUGCUGAAAUCCAAUUUUAUUUAAUAAACACUUUAGACAUAAUAAUAAUAAAUAUCAGAUGUAUAAAGGAAAAAAACAUUGUAACAUCAUAGAAGUUCUACUCUAUUUAGUGCUGCAAAAGAGAAUUAAGAUAAAUUGCAAAAACAAAAUUAGCAAUAAUAAAGGUUUACUAUGGUGCAUAAAUAAUUGCCAGAAGUAUUAUCGAUGUAGUAAAUUUAACAGAUUUCUGAUGUUUUAAUUGAUUGCAGUGAAGGUUAAAUAAACUCCUUAUCAACCUAAUAUGUAGAAGAGUUAGUUAAAUUAUCAAGCAUCAUAAUGUAUAAAGUGAAGAAUUCAAAAUUCUACUCAUGAUAAAUACACUCUCCUUUAUUAUUAUAUUAAAA